ACCAAACCCAAAAAUGAACACAGUCGCCUCCAAACGCCUCUUCCAAGAAUACAAAUCCCUCACCAUCGACCCCCCAGAGGGCAUCACCGCCGGCCCCAUCAACGAAGAUGACCUAUUUGUCUGGGAAGCCAUCAUUCAAGGUCCCGAAGGCACUCCCUUUGAAGGAGGAGUAUUUCCCGCCGAAUUACGUUUCCCCAAAGAUUAUCCCUUGAUGCCUCCCACGAUGAGAUUUUUGGGAGGAGGCAUUUGGCAUCCUAAUGUCUACCCCAAUGGCGUCGUCUGCAUUUCCAUUUUACACGCACCGGGAGAUGAUCCGAAUCAUUACGAACAUGCUUCGGAACGCUGGAGUCCGAUUCAGAGUGUGGAGAAGAUUUUAAUUUCCGUCAUGAGUAUGAUUGCUGAGCCGAAUGAUGAGAGUCCGGCGAAUAUUGAUGCCGCGAAAAUGUGGAGGGAGCAGAGAGAGGAAUUUGAAAAGAGGGUGAGGAGGGAUGUGAGGGCGAGUUUGGGCUUGUGAUGGGAGGGAGUGGAUAGAUUUGGGGAGAUGGGUGGGGGAUGGGGGAGGGGAGGGGAGAUGGAUGAAUGGGACAAAGAAAGAAAAAAAAAGGAAAAAAAAAAAAAGAAUGCAUUUCUGCACAAUGCGAGUUUGAGCGAGGCGUAUAUGAGGUGGCGGGCGAUGAAUAGGAGAAGAUUCUACUAGUAGCUUACCUGAUGAUCAUCAGAAAUGAGAAAAUGAAGACAAGACAGGCGUGUAACUGAG